GGAGGUUUUAGUGUGUUCAGUUUCCUUUGAAGGGAGGAAAUCUGCAGGUUUGCAGCAGCAGCAGCAGCUUCACUGGCGGCGGCAGCAGGCUGGGGAUGAAGUGAUUCACUGUAUGGAGAAGGGGGUUUGUCUUCAUCCACUCAUGUUCACAGUAAUGGAUCUCAGAACCGUGGUGAUCAUCUCAUCUGUUGUUCUUGUGGCUGCAGGGUUGAACCAAUCAUCUCUACCCCAAACUAGUGGACACAAUAAUAGUGAGCUGACCAACACCUCCACCAGCCCCUGUUCCUGCUCUGCUGCUCCUACUGAACCUUCUGUGGUUCCCACCUCCAGCGCCGACAGCUUCACACCCAUCCUGGGCCUCCUCACGGUCAACUGGACAAAGAAAUGUGAAGGCAUCAUCUACCUGAUCCCGUAUCUUUCCUUCAACAAGUCCUCCUUACCUGUGUGUGACAGCCCGGAUGCAAACAUUCAGAUCCUUCUGAAAAAUGUGUGUAACAAUAAAUAUUGUAUGGAUGUGAAGAGCUGGUCAACUGACAAGGACAACACGGAGGGUUAUAACAUAACCAAGACGGGAGCCGAGAAGAUGGCCAGCUGUAAGCCCCUCAGCGUCAGAUGCACAGCUGAAGAUCCCCCAGAUGUGGAGAGAGAGCUGCAGGCCUUCAAAGUGGUGACAGCUUUGCUCUGCUGCGUUCUGCUGGUCCUUUUAAUAAUCCGAUUCACCCGACCGACUGUCACAGCCCUGCAGAGCAGACUAUCAGAUAAAAGGAGAGAACGCUGGAUCGGACCAACUCAGAGUCACAGCGUCUCUUACCAUCGAGGGAAAGCUGCAGUUAGAAGCAACGAUGAAGAGAAGAGGCUGUCGUAUCCAGCUCUGGAGCGUCUGACGGUCAGAGACAGCAGCGACAUGUCAUGCAGCAGGAACAGUGGCUACGAUUUCUAACACGAGUCUUCCACCCCCAUCAUCAGAGUCAUCUUUGUCCUCAUCUUCAUUUUGCGCUGUUUGUGUGUUUUCAGAGAGGACUGUUUCAUAGAAGAAGAGUAAAACAUUUGAAAUGUUGGUUCAGAUGGCCUUAAACUCAGUAAUCUUCAACAGCCACUGAUCAUCCCAUCCUGUCUCUGUAUAUCCUGUGAACAUGUUUUCCUUACAAUAUGUAGACUUGUUGUGAUUUUUCAAGACAAACACAAACUGAAAAUCCUUGAAACUUUGAUACAACUUCUGUAUUUAGAUUAUUGUUUGUUCCUGUCAUGAUCAGCUUUCCCUAAAACUGUUGCCAUGGUUCAUAUCCACAUUCAAACAUGUGACCUCCUCGUGGUCUUGAGAGAAACUGUGAAGUGAUGGAGUUCAAUGUUUGCAGUCCCUGUUGGUUUUAACCGUGACAGUGAUGUUACAGCCUAAAUCCAACCAGGAUAAGGUGUUUUAGUAAAAAAAAGAAAAAAAGAACACCUCUGGAAAAAACCUGAAUGUGUUUAUUAGUGCAUAUGUUAAUAUAUAUCACUCAAAGGUGGACGUCAUUUUUUCCACAUCACUCGAACCCACUAAGGGUUAAAACAUACAUGGUUAGGGUUCAAAUAAAUAUACAUCCUACCUGCAAAGUAUAUUAGUAUAUAGUAUA